GUGGAAUUUACCGUGAAAGUUCACCCUGCUUGGAAAAGAACCCAAGUGACAAGCGGUCCAGCUCGUGAAGACGAGAAAUAACAGAACAACAGCGAUGUCUUUGACAUUUGAUAGAAGAGUUGUGCUCGUCACCGGUGCCGGGGGAGGUCUUGGGAAGGAAUAUGCACUGGCCUUUGCUGAAAGAGGAGCAUCUGUUGUAGUGAAUGACCUUGGGGCAGACAGUAAAGGGGGUGGAAAGAGUUCUGCGGCUGCCGAUAAGGUUGUGGACGAGAUAAAAGCCAAGGGAGGAAAGGCAGUGGCCAACUAUGACUCCGUGGAAGACGGAGAGAAGCUCGUUCAAGCGGCGCUGGAUGCGUUUGGAAGAAUAGAUAUUGUCGUAAACAAUGCCGGGAUCCUUCGUGACCGCUCAUUUAUCAGGACAAGCGAUUUGGAUUGGGACCUCAUUCACAGAGUUCACCUGCGAGGCUCCUUUUUGGUGACCCGCGCCGCCUGGAAUCACAUGAAAAAACAAAAGUUUGGCAGGAUCAUCAUGACGGCUUCAGCCGCGGGCAUCUACGGCAACUUCGGCCAAGCCAACUACAGCGCAGCCAAGCUGGGCCUGCUGGGCCUGUCCAACACGCUGGCCAUCGAGGGACGCAAAUACAACAUCCACUGCAACACCAUCGCUCCCGUUGCCGGCUCACGCCUCACCGAGACCGUCAUGCCUCCAGAUCUGGUGGCGGCACUGAAGCCAGAGUACGUAGCUCCCAUGGUGCUGUGGCUCUGUCAUGAACAAUGCCAAGAAAAUGGAGGACUCUUCGAGGUUGGCGCUGGCUGGAUUGGCAAAUUGCGCUGGGAGCGAACUCAGGGCGGCAUCACUAGACAGAGGAACCAGCCCAUGACUCCCGAAGCUGUCAGGGACCAGUGGGACAAAGUUUGUGAUUUUACAGACGCAACCAAGCCCACUUCAGUACAAGAAUCUCUUCAGUCCAUUGUGAGCGUACUGUCCAAGGUGGAGUCGGGACAGGACGUUGACGCCGGCCCAACUUCUGCUCCUGCUGCAUCCUCCACCUCUGGCAUCAACCCUACUGCAGCAGUCGGACAAAAACUUCCCCCGACAACGUUCAGCUUCUCGCACACACAGUGCAUCCUGUACGCGCUCGGUGUGGGCAUGUCCACCAAGGACCCCGACCACCUCAGGUUCCUGUACGAAGGCCAUCCAGACUUUGGCUGCCUCCCCACCUUCGGGGUCAUUCCCUCCCAGGCGGCCAUGAUGGACGGCGGCCUGAGCUCGUUGCCUGGACUCAAAAUCGAUUUGACACAGGUGUUACAUGGCGAGCAGUACCUAGAGCUCUACAAAUCUCUUCCCACCUCUGGACAACUGACCUCGGAGGCCACCAUCGCAGACAUUUUGGACAAAGGCUCCGGGGCUGUUAUCCUCCUUGAGGGUGAAAGAGUCCUCACGGUUUUUCAUCCUCCCGACUGUACAGCUGUUAAAAGUCUUUCCCUUCCUCUCUCAGUGAACACGUACAGCGGCGACGAGCUGCUCUGCUUCAACCAGUUUUCUGUGUUUGUGGUCGGCGCCGGAGGGUUCGGAGGAAAAAGAACAUCGGAGAAAGCCAAACCUCUUGUGCCGCCACCUCAGCGAGCUCCAGACGUCGUGCUGGUUGAUUCUACCACUAACGACCAGGCAGCCUUGUACCGUCUGAGUGGUGACUGGAACCCCCUCCACAUUGAUCCCAGCUUCGCUGCCAUGGGAGGCUUCCAGGCACCCAUCCUGCACGGCUUGUGCUCGUUUGGCUUUGCGGCGAGACACGUCCUCAAGCAAUUUGCCGGCAAUGACCCCGGCAGAUUUAAGGCCAUCAAGGUCCGCUUUGUGAAGCCAGUGAUGCCGGGUCAGUCUCUGCAGACGGAGAUGUGGAAGGAAGGCAGCAGAGUUCACAUUCAGUGUAAAGUAAAGGAGACUGGAGCCGUGGUGCUAUCAGGCGCUUACGUUGAUUUACACGAAACGGCCGAGACAUCUCAAUGUCUUCCUCAGGCGGAGGGAGACCUUCAGAGCGAGCUGGUGUUUGCUGAGAUCGGCCGCCGCAUCCAAGACUCGGGCGGCGAGCUGGUCAAGAAGGUCAACGCCGUCUUCGGCUGGGAGAUCACAAAAGACGGCAAGAAUGUGGCUGAGUGGACCAUCGAUCUGAAGAACGGGAGCGGCGCGUUGCAUCGCGGCGCCUACGGGGGGAAGACGGACGUGACUUUCACGGCAUCAGAUGAAGAUUUCAUGGAGGUGGUGCAAGGCAAACUCAACCCUCAGAAGGCCUUCUUCUCAGGGAAGCUCAAGAUUCGAGGGAACGUCAUGCUAGGCCAGAAGCUGGAGGUCAUCCUGAAGGAUCAUGCCAGGCUGUGAGCGCCUCCCACAACAGCCAACCCACUCACUGGAAGGGGGUGUUUCAUUUAUCUAGCUAAUAAAAUCCAUACACAGCCCGCAGGAGCAUUUGUUUUAACCAGCCAUGAAAUUCUAAAUUCAAAAGUUCAAUGCAACUAUUAUAAAAAUAAUCAUAUAAUAAUAUGUUCAUAAAUUAAUAUAGUCCUCUGAGGACUUUAUAAAAAGGUUUCCCACCCCUGAUGUAAACUAAUAGUUGCCUGGAUAGGAUAAGCCUGUUAGCAUCUUCACAGGACAUCCAUCACAAUUAAUUCAGAAAAUUAGUGUAAUUGAACUAGUUACUCACUUUGAACGGAUCCAUCCCGUUGUCAUUUUCUGACCUUGAUGUGCCAAUAAAAUCUUACUUAUUGAUCUCCAAGGUCACUUCAAUCAUGUUUUUCUUCCUCUGAAAUCACACUUAACACUGGCAGAAAUGAAUUUGUGGAAGUGAUCCUGACAGCCAUUUAAUGAAUUGUACAGAAAUGUUUCUCUUCUCAUCAAUGCAAAUAUGUGGAAAUUUAAUAUAAUUUUUUGCUCUCCUAAUAAAAUAAAAACUUGAAGCUCAUCCUGGUGUUGUUAAUUCA